ACUUCCUUAUCUAUCUUAUUGACUUUGUUUUCGUUGUGAGAACGUUCCUUGAGACAGUGGCGCUCGUCCAUUCUGUUACAAAACGAUGCUCUCCGACAGCACCAAAACGACUGGGAAUGAACCCAGAGACAGGAAAAGCACAAAACCAAUCAUGGAAAAACGGAGGAGAGCAAGAAUCAACGCUUCAUUGGCUGAGCUGAAGUCGCUUUUGUUGGAAGCAAUAAAAAAAAAGAAGGAACAAGGCACAGCAAGAUGGAGAAAGCCGACAUCCUGGAAAUGACAGUGAAGCAUCUCAGGCAAAUGCAAAGACAGCAUUUUACAGUGGCAGCUGCUGAUGAUCCAACCAUAAUGAACAAGUACCGGCUUGGAUUUAACGAGUGUUCCAUGGAGGUACAGCGUUAUCUGACGUCAGUUGAAGACCUGAACACUGACGUGAAGACCAAACUGUUAGAUCACAUCGCCUGCUACCUGGCUGGAGUAGAGACCGCCAAUACGACAGACACGUCAUUACCAGCGUCAUCACCAACAUCAUCACCUCCACCGUUAUUUAAACAAGAACUACACACCAGACCAACGUCGCCGUCUCGAGUUAAUAUGCCUGCGUCGUCAACUGCUGUCGACCUGAACAACAACGCGCCAGCCAGGAUGUGCUUGGAAUCAACAAAAUCAGAAAAUAUGUUCAGUGGACUUCAAGUUAUUCCCACACAGUUAUCUUCAGGAGAAAUUGCUUUUGUGUUACCCGCCAAUGUCUUAAGACAAUGUCAGACUCCAAAUUAUGUGAUACCAGUUUUUGCUGGAACGUCUCCAAAAACGUCGGAAUCAGUACCCACAGGCACAAACUCUCAUCAUACUUCAUCAGCAUCCCACCACUCUCAAGCAGCUCACAGAUUUACCAACACACAUAACGUACCUGUUGAGAGAACCUAUAUCCCCUGUGCGGCUGUAACCCCAGUCAAGACAUUGUAUAACAAGCCAGAUACAGAUGACACGGUGUCCAAGAAGGAAGCUAUCGAGGUCCAUGUGUGCAGCAACCAGAAGGAUGAACGAGUGUGCGACGAGGCAGUGUGGCGACCAUGGUAGAGAGCAACACGUGUAGGAUUGAACAUGAGUGUCUCUGUUUAAAUUUCAACGCUGGUAGUUAGGCAGCAAGCGUUGUGUGGAAUGUGAAGUUCUGUACUUCUGAUGGUGUGAACAAAACGCACAGGAGUACCCCAGACGGAGUCAGACCACGGUUGCAGUCUGCAACCCAGAUAUUGUGAUAAAGGACACGUAUCAUACUGUUAUAUAAUAUAAAUGUUUAACAGUUACACCCGAAUAAAGAAUAUAUAUUUAAGGUUAA